AUGAGCUGCCCUUACUGCCUGGCAUUUACACCUUCUGGCCCGGCGCCGGCCAGGAGCGGUGGCAGUGCAGCCUUGCAGCAGCGCCGGAGCGAGCAGAACCGGACUCUUGUGAAGGCAUACUGGGAAUUCGAGGAGGGCGAGAACCGCUGGCUUGGCUUUUCUCCCAAAGUCAGCGUCCUUCUCGAAGCCCGGUACAACGUCGACUACACGACCCUCCUCGAGGAGGGCCAAAGGCAAAGUCAACGCAUUCGCCGAGUGGGAGUGACAGCAGAUGAAUCCUCAGAAAGUGGCAAUGCCAAGGGCUUUUGCACGGUGGAUCCCACACUGUGGAGCGAAAUGCAAAGAGAGUUGCAAGAGCUGAAGGAGGAGCAGGAGUGGCUCCUCCAGCUGCUGCGUGGACGAAAUGGCAGUAAAGACCGGCUGGAUGAGCUGGACCUCAGAGUCAGGGGUGCCUAUGGUCCUCUCGCUGAGGAAGUGGCACGACUCUGGCGGCGCCUGGAUGAUGCCGAGGCAGCAGUGCGAAGCGCGGCCCAGGCAGCCCAGCAGGCGGAGGCCUCGGGCAAACAGCUCCUGGCAGGUGAGUCCAUCCUGCCGGGUCGUCUGUUGCACGCCUCACCGAUCUCCGUGCUGGGAGUGACUCGUUCCGUGGAGGGCGGGGAGGUCCUGGUGCUUCCAGGUGGUGAGGACGCACCAGAGUUCCUGAAGGCUCAAGAUGUGCGAACCUCCCCCUUGGGGGUGCUGGCGCGACCGGGCUCCAAGGUUUGGUACGUAGAUCAAGGAAUCGAAAAAGCCGGGGUGGUCUGUGGCCCUCCGCUCGAGGAGCCGCGAAAAGGUCCUAGCCCUUCUGCAAGCGUGGACGGUUUCUGUUUCAGACGGAAGAAUUUUCACAAUACUCACGUAGCCAGGCUGAUGCUAUGCCGCUAUGCUUGCAUUCUUCAAGUAGUGGUUGGGUCAUUGAAGCUCUGCAAUUGCAGGUGCGCAGCUGCAUUCCAUUGA